UAGAGUCUGAGCCGGAAGUCGCAUUCUCCGGAGGGGUUUGUGCGGGGCUGCCGGUGCCGUCGCCGUCGCCGUCGCCGUCAUGCCUAUGAAGGGCAGGUUCCCUAUUCGAAGGACGCUGCAGUAUCUGAGCCAGGGCGACGUCGUAUUCAAGGACUGCGUGAAGAUCAUGACGGUCAACUACAACCUGCACGGAGAGCUCAACGAGGGCGCCAGAAAAUUUGUGUUUUUCAACAUACCUCAGAUUCAAUACAAAAAUCCUUGGCUACAGAUUGUGAUGUUUAAAGACAUGACUCCUUCACCAUUCUUAAGAUUCUACUUGGAUACUGGAGAGCAAGUCCUGGUUGAUAUAGAAGAGAAGACCAAUAGAGAGAUAUCAGAGCAUAUUAAGAAAAUUCUUGGUAAAAGCGAAGAAACAAUCCGGAUAGACGAAGAAAAAAAGAGGAAAUGGCAUCCUGCAACAUUUGGUUGCAAAAAAUACCACUUACGGGAAUGUAUGUGUGAAAUUGACGGCCAGAUUCCCUGUCCUGGAAAAGUGCCACUACCGAAAGAGAUGACUGGCAAAUAUAAAAACGCUAUGAAAGAUACUUCCUAAGCCACUUUUGCACCAAACUUUUCCACAAGGAAUUAAAAGAUUGCAGAGAAAUAAGAAACUGACUGAUUAGUGGCAUGAUGAGAAAGAAUGUAGUGUUGUAUGAGACUUAUGCCAGAAAAGUAGAUGGGCUAAUUCUUUCACUGCUGUACACUGAGUAGUAAAUGUUUUAUAAAUGCUUUUUUUAAAAAAAAAAUAAUUAAAGAGCCAGUGUUGGGUCAUAUUGA